AUGUGCAUGUGCCAAAAGGGAAAAGGUCGAAGCUCGAUGCACGAAUCGACGUUGUACCGCCUCUUGGGUUACUCAUACCACGAAAACGCUUACCGGAUUAAAGAUAUUCUAAGCAGUCGCAACGCCCAAAUUAUGGAAGACAUGUUUGACAGCGGGAAGUGCAUGCAACAAAGCGGCAUUAACCCUAUCGAGUACCAAAUUACUGAUGAAGCCUACAACGACCAUGACAACGGAGUUGACAAUGUGUACAUGGAUGCACAUACGCCUGAUUCAGUUUCGAUCCACGAGCGGCCACUAUGGAAACAAUUGCAGCGUUCAAGUCGUCAUCCGUGGUAUACGCAGCAUCAGACAUUCAAGUUUCUCUCGGGGUCGAAACGACAUGUACACACGCAGUCACUAGAAGCCUUUAAGAGACGACCAGUGGAAAAACGCUAUAGACGCGGGGCCAUUGCACGUGAUGUGCACACAUCGUCAGUGCAAGGUACUGCGUCACCACUAGAAGUCAUGUCGGCGCUUCUCGCAUUUAUUGAUGAAGAAGCAGCAGGAGAAGAAGAAGAAUGUGCUCACGUCGAAGAUUCAGUGGGAGAAAUGCUGAUGACAUUAUCAUCGGCUUGCGAGUCAGAGUUUUAG